ACCUUUAUGCUUUGUUGAAUGUUCUGUUGGCACAUACAUUUCAAAAAUAGAAUUCAAUUGAAAUUUGGAAAAAGAAGCGACGAAACUGACAGAAGAUUAUUGUCUUUCGACAAAUGCACAUGAUUUAUUAAAAAUUUUAUAAACAAUUUUUUUUUAUCUAAAUUUACAAGUGAAUAUAAAAGUUUAAAACAUUAAAAUAAAUAAAAAUCUGUAAAAUACUAAACCCGCGAAUCCUCCUAUCUUAAUUAUUCCUAUUAUCAGACUACAAAAUGUGUUCGCCAUGUGGACCAAUGGUAUGCUACAAAUAUGAAGACUGCGGGCCUCCCAAAGGUAGAUCUAACAAUGCAGAUCCUCAAGCAGAGGAGAGCGGCACGGAAAAAAAGAAUGAGAAAGAGAAUCAACUCAAAAGAACGAAAAGUCGUGAGCUUCGUGGUGGGAUAAUGUAUUACAGUUGCCACUGCAUCAAACGCAAUGGCUUGCAACACGAUUGUAGGCGAACUGGAUGCGGGGGGGAACCAGCGUGUCUAGUUCUGCCUGACCCCUUAUGUGCUCCAAGUCAACUAGCGCGUGCGCGGGGACUUGCAGAUCCUGCUCCGUUAGCAGCACAUUAUCGAGCACAAGCUGGUGGCUCUGGAGCAUCUGCAGAUAGCAGUGGCCCAUCUGGUGGAGGGAAGAGGUUCAUAGUGUGUGAGUUAAAAGGAAUAAUGCCUGAAGCUCAAACUGAAAAGGGAAAUAAAUGCUGUAAGUGUCCACUUAUAUCGAAUGUUAUUCAAUCAAAAGGAAACCCUAGCUACGACAAAGAUAAAUGCUGCUGCAACGCUACUAGUCAGCCUGAUAGCAUAUCGCCCCUUUUUCUUUUUGAUGAAACAACUUUAGCAAGUAUACUCAAUAGAUUUAACGAUAAAGAAGUAGAUUCGGAUGAUGUCGUAAUAGGACCCGGUGGUCGUCCUCGAAAACCACAAAUAAAAGCUCCAAAAGAAGUUUGUAAUCGAUCAGGUUGUGUACAUUGGAAACCACCACCGCCCUGUGUUUGGGAUGCUCCUUGCAAAGCUGACUGUUUUGAGGCACCACCGGGUAUUCAACCUGGACGCAAUCCGCUAACGGGUGGCGGUGGCGGUUCUAAUACAUCUGGUGCUUACAAUACUGGUGAAAAAAUAAAACUCCUUACACUUACCUCAUUAUAAUUACCAGGUUGUUCUGCUUCGAAAGCUGGAGGGACAAUAGCAGAUGAUGAAAAGGAAGCUGCAGCGGGCUUGCC